AUUGAUUUUAAUCGCAGUAGGCAAUUGGAGUAGCAUUAACGAAUAACAGCUGCCAUAAGCAACCUUCUCUGUAUCUCAAUUACCCUGCAAGUAAGUACACCCAAUCGAUACCACAGUAGUUUGUAGCGUAAUUAGAUGUCUGAUUUCAAGGUUCCGGCACAGAAAAAAAAAUCCGCAAUGAACAAAGAGGCGCCCGACGAUGGCCUUGAACUGAGCCAAGGUGUGACACUGCUCAACCUGAGCACAGAAUCCGGCUUCUAUGCCGAUUGGAAGCAAACCUACCACGUGGAUACCGAGCAGGCCAUUUUAAAUCCCUAUCCAACCGAUACGAUCAUGCCGUCGAUCACACGACUAAUCUCGACGCUGUGCGCCAGGCUUCGACUUUCGCACACGAUCGAGUUCUCGGCAAUCGACACGUUGGAACAGUUUGUGCUCAAGGUUAUUGCCGGCGAACGGGGAGCUUCUGCGGGAGAAAGCUAUCUACGGCACAUGCCGCUGUAUGCGGUGAGUGUAGUCAACAUCGUUAGUAAGUACUUUGAUGCCCACAUCAAACUGGACUGGAACGGAAUUCAGCGGAUUUUUGCAAAAUACAAUCCCGGCAUGACCUGGUCCAACAGGCGCGUGAUGGAAUUGGAGUUUGAAGUUUUGAAAAAGUUGAACCACAAGAUUCACCACUCCCUUCUUCUGGGCGCAGUGGAGCGAUUUGCCAAGGAUCACGUUUUAACUGUCGGCGUCGUCCGAAAGGAUCAUUUCGGCAAGGUUGGAGUUAAGUUGCUGCGAGUGGUCUAUGCACACAAGCACUUCAUCUACAAGAGUUUGCGACCGCGCGUGAGUUCCGAGGACAUGUUCGUGCGGUUCAAGUCGAACAAAUUGAUUCUGGCAGCCGCGAUCGUUAUGGCCACCUUGAGGCUCUGCGGUAUCAACCAGCAGCAAGUGGUGGACCGUGUGGCCGACACACUGUCGAACGAAUGCUUUGUCGAAGCGAUGAACAUAAUCUUCUUACGGGAUGCCAUACUGAAUGUAUUUAAUUGACAAUUUACCAUCAGGCUCAGUAGAUACAGCUUUGAAUUUGGUCUGAGUUCA